UUUGACAUUGCUCAUAGAGAUGCCUUACAAAACAUGCGUAUUAGCGAAGACAAGGAAUUUUUGAUUCUACAAAGGCAAAAAGGUCGCCCUGGUAGCAUGGCCGGUGUUGACAUGGUAUUGUAUCGGCGACAAAACAGAGCAGAUCACCGCAUUGAGAAAGAAAUGUCUAGAAAAAGGAAACAUCAACAAAUGUCGGAAGUGAAUCUCGAACUCGAAGACGAUUUUGGUAUGGACUAUGAAGAAGAUAUUGAUGACAGUGAGCCUGAAGUAGCGGAAACCAAUGUGAAAAAAAAUACAAAACAAACUGCUUCAACUUGUAUUAACAGGGGAAGAAAACAUUUUAUCACACCGCGAUUGCUUUCAGCACUUGAUAGCGCCAAAGUAAGCGAUGGAAAGGCGAUGCACAUUCUGAUGGCGACUGCAGAAGCAUUGGGCCAUUGCACUAGCGACUUGGUAGUCAAUCGUUCUACUCUCCAUAGACUGAGGGAAGAGCAUCGCAGAAAAGAAACACAGAGGAUUCAAGAGAGUUUUAUUGACAAACUAAGUGAUACACAAGCAAUGGUCGUCCACUGGGAUGGUAAAGUAUUGCCAGAUCUAAUUGGAAAAAUAAAAGCGCUCCAAAACUUAUAUCUGCCACUGGUGAAAAUAUAGCUACAGCCGUUUUUGAUACACUUAGUAAAUGGAAUAUUUUAGAUCGCGUAGAAGGCAUGUCUUUU